AUGCCAAAGCUUCAUACGGCCUUGGCCUUCUUACCUUUGUUUUCAUUCUCUCUGGCCCAGCAGAAUGUCUUUGGUCAACCUUCUCACCGGCAAUAUACGCUUAACGACAUAGUGCCCACUACCGAUCAGUCCUCCGGAAACGUCAAGUGCUGUCCAACGGGCACAGAGUUUGAUGGUCAAGCCUGCGUUUUGGGCGUUCCAAUCUGCCCUUCUGGCAGUACCCGUGAUGGCGAAAAGUGUGUCUUUCACACAAAACCUCUCUGUGAUAAGGGCUAUGUGUUCAAGGACGGCCUAUGCGUCACCGACAAGAUUCCUGUAUGCAACAUUGGUACCAUUUUGAAAGGCAAUAACUGCGUUCUUGAGCAUGGCGCUUCGUGUGGAGAUGGGUACAAUCUGGAAGGCAAUGUUUGCAUUUCACAAAAGCCUCCUGCCUGUCAAGCCGGAGAGCAAUUCGUUGGUGGAUCUUGUGCUUCUCUGGUAGGACCUAAGUGCAAAGAUGGCUCAAACAUUGAGGGUGGCAAUUGCAUCGAUGAGAAGCCACCUGGUUGUCCUAAGAGUGCCCGGUAUGACGCAACAAGCUUCCGCUGUGUCUCCGAGUUUGAACCCGGUUGCUUAGAGAACACUGUCCUUCAAGACAAGCAGUGUGUUUCAAAAACCCCACCAGCCUGCCCAGACGGAAGCUCCUUCAAUCUCAAAUCCCAUUCAUGUAUCUUGCCAGCGAAGCCCCAAUGUCCCUCAGGUACAGAAUUGGAUGGGACCCUGUGCAUUCUUUUCGGUGGUCUACUUUGUGAAGCUGGGACAGUCAUAUCCAUUGACAAGGCACAUGGGUCUGCUCGUUGCUGCCCAGCGUCAAUGAGCUGGGAUGGACAGGUUUGCUUCACAAAGCCCAACAACGGCAAGUGCCCUGAUGGCAAGCCUCCAACCAAUGAUCGCUGCGAGAAGCACUCCAACCCCCAGCCGACAUGUCCAUCUGGUACCAAGAUCGACAAAGCUCGCUGUGUCUUACAGGAGCCACCUAAGUGUGCCCAAGGUGCCUACCUUGAGAAUGGCGAUUGCGUCCUCGUCCGCAAGGCUGAAUGUGCCAAGCCUCUAGUCAUGGUGGGCAAGGACUGCAUCCACAAAGAGCCCCCUGUUUGUCCAUCAAACACAAAACUUGUGGGCAACAAGUGUGUCAGCUAUAUCCAGCCAUCUUGUGAAGAGCCUGCAGCGUGGGAUGGCAAGCGUUGUGUCGUCAGCAGCCAUGGAUACUGUGAGACGGGCGUUCAGCAUGGUGAUGAUUGUGUUACUGGCAGUCAGCCAGGAUGCACAGACGAUGCCUUGUUCUCUGGCGACAAGUGUAUCGCCAAGAUCAAGCCAAAAUGCCCCGACGGGUCUUUCCUCAAUGGAAAAGGAGAUUGUCUUGCCGGCACCCCUCCUCAGUGUCCUGCCAAUACCAGGCUUCAAGAUGGCAACUGCGUCUAUAGUCUUCCUACCUGUGCCCCCGGACAGCUUUUUGUCAAUAAACGCUGUGAAAGCGCUAGCCCGCCUUCUUGUCCUGAAAACUUUAUCUACAAGGAAGGAAAAUGUACCCGACUUUCGGAAGGACAUUGUGAAGAUGGCUACGUACUAAAGGACGGUCAGUGCAUUUCUAGCGCGAGGCCUGACUGUGGAAAACUUUCAUUUAACGGAAAGGUUUGCGUUGGUGAGAAGCCGUUCUGUCCUCAAGGAACCUACCUUGAAGGCGAUAGCUGCUUUUCGGUCAGUGAGCCUCAGUGUCAACAAGGCUUCAAGUUCGACGGUAAGAGGUGCAGUGCAUUUAAGGCACCUUCUUGCCCGCCAGGUACGGUGUAUGACAAGUCCAGUGAAGAUUGUGUCUCUGUGAUGCAACCUAAAUGCCCAGGUAACCAGUCCUUUAACGGCAAGUACUGCGCUGCGAUCAGUGGUGAUUGCAUGGAUUUCCAAUACUGCCCAACUGAAUCUUAUGGAAAGGGAUGUCACCGUACGCAAACUGGAGUUUACUGUGUUGGAGAGCCAGUGUCAACUACGCCAGAUCAAGGCAAAAUCCAGACUAAACAGCCCGGUCCUGUAGAUACCAAUAUCAGCUUUGGAGAUACAGGCCCCCAGCCCCAGAGAUCCACAGAACCCACGAAGCCUCCGAUUGGAUAUCCCAGUCAAGGGCAGGGCAACUGGAACGAGCAACCUCAAGCUGGAUACCCAAGCCAAGGUCAGGGCAACUGGAACGAGCAGCCUCAAGUUGGAUACCCAAGCCAAGGUCAGGGCAACUGGAACGAGCAGCCUCAAGCUGGAUACCCUAGUCAAGGCCAGGGCAACUGGAACGAGCGACCUCAAGCUGGAUAUCCUAGUCAAGGUCAGGGCAACUGGAAUGAACAGCCAGGCUCAGACUAG